AAGAAGUAAAAUUGAAAAUUAAUGGCGAUAUGUAAAAGUUUUGUGGCUCAAUAACAAGUUUUUAUAAAAGAAAUUAAAGCAAUUUAAUUCGAAAUAUUGUGGAAUAAUCGAUUUUGUCUAUUAGAAGGAAGUAAGUCACAUCAAUAAUAGCUAAAAAAUUUUAAGAUUAUGCAUCACAUUUCAACACUUUACAAUUCAUUUUAUAAAUUGGUUCUGCCUCUCAAAGCUAAGUAUAAUUACAUAUGUAUAUUUCAGCAGAAAAUUGAAUUGAAGUAUUACUAUUAAUUAGCAUUCGAAAACAUAAUUUAAUAGAUGAUUUACGUACAUUUAUGUAUAUUUUGAAACAAGAAAAAAAAUUUUAUAUAUAAAAAUGGGACGCACGAAAAACUUUAAUACUUUAAGUGCAAAUUACGAAAAAUCAAAUGCAGAUGAAAGUGAAAAUAUAGAUUUAUCACAAAAUGAUGAAGAUAAUGAAGAUGAAAGCAUUUUUCAAGAGCAAAGUCAAAAUAUUGAACAUGAGACAACAAAAAAUGCCAAAAGACAGAUUCUAAUAAAUUCAAUGCCUUCUGUAAAAAAAGGUGCAUGUGAAGAAGCAAUAAAAGAAGUUAAAAGAUCAAGAGGUCGACCACGAAAAAAUAUUGCGGAUACAGAAACGCAUAGAUCAUUUAGAAAAUCAUAUGUUGAAAAUGAUGACGACCUUUUAAAGUUUGAAAACGAAGUAUAUGAAAAUGAGGACAUUUUUAAUAUUCAAUUGGAAAAUAGUACACAGGAAACAAUUGAGAUAGCAAAUGCAGAUACAAUAAAGCAGCAAUUAAGGAAUACAAAUUUUGAAAUGGAAACAAAAACUUCGAGCGAGAGCGUUAUAACAAUUAGUUCAGAAGAAAAUAGUAAUUCUAAUCCAGUUUUAAAAACCUUUCACAGCAAUCCAAAUGUGGAGAGAAAUUUACCAUCCCCUGAAAUACUGCACGUUCAGUUUAAUCCGUCAUCUACUAAAACUUACAAAAAUAAACGUAAAUUUGUAAAUACAACACUCGAUAAUAGUACUACUACCAAAAAUAAUUUUUCUGAAUCAAAUAAAAUAGAUAAACCUGUAGAAAACGACAGUAUAGUUGAUAAAAAUAAAGUUCAAAUGGGGAAACCAUCGCCGAGUUUCGAAAUAAACCCGAAUUUUGUUCGAAAUACAAGAAAAAAAGUUCUAAAAUAUGAUGUUUGCGAUUUGUUAAAUAAAAAAAGUCACAAAAAAAUUCAAAUAGAAGCUAGAAUCGAUUCGAUGCCAGCAAAAUCUAAACUGAAUUCAUCCAAACUUUCUAGUACAAAUCCAAAUACCGAAACGGUCAAAAAUGAUUGCUUUGCGACGAAAGUAGUUCCGAAAAUAAACGAUUUACCAAGCAUUAUAAGAAAAUUUCCCCAAACCGAAAGUGAUUUUCCUCCAAAAGAUAUCAGUGGAAAUUUAUAUGGUAUGAUUAGAGAAAAACAAUCCCCACCAAAAUCUUUAAUUCAAAUUCAAGGUAAAAUUGUUGCUGACAACCGUUUGAGUGUCCCAAGAAAAAUAUCUAGUCAAGACGUUAGUGAUGAUCAGAAAAUGAUGAAAUCAUACAUAGCAGAAAGAAAAAAUGAAGGAGCAACAUUCGAUCAAAAUGAAGCACAUAAUAUCCUAACAAAGAGACGUCCGGGUAGACCAAAAAUUAAGAAGGAAAGCUUGAAUUUCAGUCCGGUUCCAGUUAAAACCAAAACUGACCAUACAUUGAAUGUAACAGAUUUCACAAUUGAUGCUGAAAUAUCUAAUAAAAAAGAUUUAGCAAAUGAAUUCGGAACUGCGAAUGAAAGUAAAAGUGAAGCCAAUAAUUUCCUCUUGGAACAAUCACCUACACAACAUUUAAAAAAUAUAAAUAUUAAUCCAACCUUCACACUCUCUAAGGAUGCUCAUUUAGAUAACAUAAUCAUAGGUAAAUCAAUGAAAAAUUUGGAAGUUGAUGUACCAAUCGCGUUUAAAAUAUGUGAAGGUACAUCAGAAAAAUUAAUACGUUAUGAAAUUGGUUUACCAAAGAAAUUUCAUAACUCUUACAAUCCAAUUAAGUUCGAAAAUAUUAUUCCCAAAGAUGAAAAACUUAAAACUAAAACAGAUAUUUUGAGGAAUUUUUCGGAAAAAUUAAUAGUUAGGGCAAAAGAAGCUGAACCGCAGGAGGAAACUAGUACUAAUAAUAAUGUAUGCGAAACAUUGAAGGCAAAUGAUUCGGCAACCAUGUGUACUUCUAAACAAAAUGAAAAUUUAAUAGGUAAAAAUAUGAAAGAGGUACGCGUUUUAAUUAAAAGUGUUGACAAUAUAAAACUAAAAAAGGCAGAACGUUGUAAUCGAUUUAUCGAAAAUGAACCUUGUGCUUCAAAUCUUUUGGAAGAAACUGAAGAAAGUUACAAAAAUAAUUUGAAUGUUCCUCCUGUAGGUAAAACAGAAACAGAAGCUAAUAAAGGGGAAAGUAUGGUUAGCUUUAAAGAAAAAAAUUGCAACACGGAAAAAUCUAAACAAUUGAAUAUUAAUGAAAAGAAAGACAAUUAUGAAAAACUUUCAAGGGAUGAAGUUUCACUAAAUAAAUUGAGCAAUUGCAAUGCUGAAGCAAAGAUUUUAGAAAAUGACUGCAAAGGUACAGUAGAAAGUUUAAGUGACUUAAAUGAAAAAUCACAGUCUGAGACAGAAGUUUUCUUCUUACCAGAGACUGCUUCAGAAGUUGUAUGUUUGGCAGAAAGUGCUUCAGAAGUAGUAUGUUUAACUGAAGCAGUUGUAGAAAUUGAAUCUUUAACAGAAACUGGUGAGAGUACGUUAAACAUAAUAGAAACAGAAAAAAUUGAAAAUAAUAUUCAGUUUUGCGAGAUAUCAAAUUUAUCAGUGGAAAAAUCUUUUCAAAAAAAUGAAGAUAAAGAAAAGGAUGAAAAAGUCUUACAACUAAGAGAAGCAAACGUUGAAAAUAAUCAAGCUAAUUUAAAAAGUAGCGAGGAAAUUCAUUUACCAAUUUCAACAAAAUCUGAAGAUUGCUUUAAUGAAAUUUCUCCAAUUUUAUUGGAAGUAUCUAACAAUGAAAAAAUAUCGGUAGAAAAAAAUAGGGAUGAAUUAACUUCAACUUUAGAGAAAAGUACAGUUCAGCUAAUCAAGCCAAAAGAAUCUAAAACAGGUAUGGACAUUUGGCUUGAAAAGGUUCAAAUGGAUUCUAAAUCAAAAGUUUUAACUGAUUCGACUAAAAAGAAAAGUGAUAAGAAUCAAAAACUAAAAUCAAAAGAAGAAAAUAAGUCUAAACAAGAAAAUAAAGCCAAAUAUGAUAGCCAGUUAAAAACUGAGUUAAUUUAUAAAGGAGAUCACAAAUCAAAAGAACAAGUAAACAAGGAACUUUAUAAAUCGUCGAAUGAUUCUAGGUCUAAAAAAGAGUUAAAAGAUAAAUUUGAAAACAAAUUAAAACUAAAUACUUCAAAAACAGAUUUUAAGGUUAAAGAAGAAAUCAAAACUAAAGAAAGUAAAGAAUUAGCUAAACAAGAUAGAAAAGGUAAAGAUAAAGAUGAACUAAAAAAUAGGAGUGAAACCAAAGUUGAAACAAAAAGCAAAUCAGAUUCUUUUACACAAAAACUAAUUUCUAAAUCAGACAAAGAGGAUUUAAGGCAGAAAAGUGAUAAAAAUAAUAAAAAUGAGAUAUAUAACAGUUUAAAAAACGAAACAUCUUUGAGAACCAUUGAUAUUUUCAAUUUUGCUGCAAAAGAUGAAAUGGCUCAAAAGGUGUACAACAAAAAGAAAAAGAAAACCGAAACAACUAUACCUGCUCAAGAUAAAACUUCAAAAACUGAUAUUGCUGAUUUGAAAUUUGAAAAUGAAAACGAUAUAAUGCAAAAAAAAUUUCUCGGAUUAGACAAGAGUCCGAAAAUUUUAAAAGAAAAGAAAAUUGAUAAAAGCAUAUUUAAUAAAGAUGAAGAUCUUGAAAAAAGUCUAGAAAGUGAUGUAAUCAAAAAUAAAAUCGAUGCAGCCGAAGAAAUUAAAAUAAAAGGACGCAAUAAAAGUGUAGAUGAAGAAGAAAGUGUUAGAUCCACGAAUUCUACGUCCGAUUUAAUUUUAAAAGAAGAAAAUAGCUCAGCAGUUGAAAAAGUUGCAGAUAUUAAUGGCGAACAGCAUUUGUCCAAGGAAAACUUAGAAGAAUGUACAGACUCAAAUAUAUUUACAACACAACCUCAUAACAAAGUUUUGAGGUGUGAUGUUAACUCAGAAGAAAACUUUAUUAAAAAUUUAGAGAAAGAAAUAAGUGAAUUUCCUGAGCAAACAUCUAAGAAAAUCGUUAAUAUUGAAGUUUCUAGUUUUGAAAAAGAAAAUAAAUCAUCUGAAACGUCCAAAGUUCAAGAUUAUAGUGGUAAAGAAAUUGAAAUGGAAACUGUCAAUCAAACUCCAAAAACAUUGGAAACUUCAAAGAAAUUACAAAUAGCUUUACAGGAAAAUCAAGAAACAAAUGAAUCAACCAAUGAGAUUUUAGAUCCUCUAAAAGAUAUUGAAAGUUUUUUAGAAGCUGCAGGAAAUCUUCUUAGCAGAUCACACUCAUCGGAUGAUGAAAAGGAAUCUAUAGGACGAAGAGGUAUUCGUAAUAAAACAUCUGACGAUAAAACAGUUUCUGAACAGGAUGAGAAUAAAAAAGAAACUAUAUGUGAUAUAGAAGAAAAAUUAAAAAGUAUUGAGGGUGACAAUGAAAAUACAGAAAUUUCGAACAAUCUUCAGAAUACGUCUAAGACUUGCGAAAACGAAAACCAAGAUUCCAAUGAGAAAAGUGUUCCACCCGAAUGUUUUGAGCAAAAGGAAAAUGAUAAUGAAAAAACUAAGUUAAUUUGCGAUUUGUCAAGUAUUAAUAUCAUCGAGAGUAAGGAAAACGUUAGUUCUUUACACUUAAAAUGCAAUAUUUUAACUCCAAUCAAAGCCUUGCAGAAAGAAAAGCGUGAAGAAUGGUUUGAUCAAAUAGAUUCAAGCAUUGACAAAGACUUAAACGAUGAAGUUUCUUUUAAUUCAAUGAUCAACUACAACGAAUCAACACCAAUUCACAAGAAAACAGGUGCUGGUCCUCGAACACCUCCUUUGCCUCCCCCACUGUCUGAUGAAGAAUUGGAUAGAAAUAAAAUGACAAACGACAAUAAAAAAGAAGCAAGUCAUUUUUAUGAACAAAAUAGUUUAGAACGCGACAUCGCAGAUAGUAUUAUUUCAACUUCUAUAAAAAUACCAAACUCAAUGAUAGCUUCUUUGCAUGAGUUAAAAUUUAUGGGUUCACCAAAAAAUCAAAACACUAUUUUAGAUGAACAGCUAAAAUUAAUUCAAAAUCAAAUAGAUAAAAAAUCAAAAAAGAAAAGUGAAAUUAGUCAAAAGGAUAGGGAAUUAAAAAAAUUUUUGAAAACUUUAAAGAAAAAUGAGCUUUCAAAAGACUGGAAAAAAACUUAUAAAGAACUUAAAAAAAUUAAGAAAAAGUCAGCGGAGGGCUUUGCGGUUUCCAAAUCCAGCUUGAAAUAUUCACCAGAGAAUGAUAGCAUUCUAUCGAAUGAAAAUUCUGCAAGUUUAACAUUUUCACAAAAGCUGAAAAAAUCAUCAGAUUUACAUGAUGAACACAAUUCGAAUAACUCAACAAUAAGGCGAUCCCAUCGUUUGAAAUCAAUUGCUAUGCAACAAAACCAGCAAAAUGCUAUAGGGCGAGGUGGUCUCGUAAGAAAUGAUUACGAAGAUUUAAUACGUGCAGAUUUAGCUCAAGUUCAAGCGCAAAACACAAAAUUUUUAAAGGCUAUGGAAAAUAGUCUUAAUCAAUUCAAACAAAUAAAAGAGAAUGAAUAUAAGUGUGAGCGUGUUAUUAGCAAAGAAGCUAAAAGAAUGAUGUGUGAUUGCUUUUUAACAAAAGAAGAGGAAGAACGUGGUGAGUAUGGUUGUGGGGAGGACUGUUUAAAUCGGUUACUUAUGAUAGAGUGUGGUCCUAAGUGCAAUGUUGGUGAUCGUUGCACUAAUAAACGUUUUCAAAGAGGUCAAUACGCACCUUGUCGUGUAUUUAUGACAGAAAAAAAAGGUUGUGGGAUAUUUGCUGAUGUAGAAAUUCCAGCAGGAGAAUUUAUAAUGGAAUAUGUUGGUGAAGUUGUUGAUAGCGAUCAAUUUGAAAAACGUGCGGCGGAGUAUUCUGCUUGUAAAAAUAAGCACUUCUAUUUUAUGUCGUUGAGAUCUAAUGCGAUAAUAGAUGCCACCUCAAGGGGAAAUAUUUCACGAUUUAUAAAUCAUUCAUGCGAUCCAAACGCAGAAACUCAAAAGUGGACUGUUAAUGGGGAAUUGCAUAUUGGAUUUUUCACAACUAGAACGGUUGCUCCCGGAGAAGAAAUCACAUUUGAUUACCAAUUUCAAAGAUAUGGAAAACAAGCUCAAAGAUGUUUUUGUGAAGCAGUAAAUUGCCGGGGGUGGAUUGGUGAGGAGCCUGACAGUGAUGAGGAAAUUGAAGAAGAUAUCGAGUUAGAUUUUAAAACUAAGGAAGAUUUAGAAAAAAUUUCAAAAGAUGUUCAAUCAUAUGCAAAUAAAGAUAAGCUUCAAAUAUUAGAGGAAGAAAAAGCUAAUAGUGAAAAAAAUUUGAGUGACAAAUUGAUUGAACCUGCCAAAACCAAGGCAAUAUUAACAGAUGAAGAAAUAAAAAUUAAACAGCAAGAAAGAGAGCAACGUAAAAAGGAUAAACAGAGAAAACGCGAAAUAAGAUUAGCACAACAAAAACACGAUUUCCUUGAAGAUCCGGAUUUGGAAGAUGAAAUAUACAGAUUAUCUAAAACUGGUCUCAAAAAUCAAGUUCAAACUCUACGUUUAAGUAGAUUAAUUGUGAGAGCGAAGUUAUUGCAAACUAGAAUUAAUCUUUUAGAAAUAUUAAGAGCAGGUGAAAUUCCUUGCAGAAGAUUAUUCUUAGAUUAUCAUGGUUUGAAACUCCUACAUGGAUGGAUGAAUGAAUCUGAAUCUAGAGACAGUAACCCAACAGAAGAUAACUUAAAAAUGCGGUUAGCGAUUUUAGAAACAUUAAACUGUUUACCAAUACCAAACAAAACCAUGUUAAAGGAAAGUAAAGUUUAUCAAAUAGUACAGAAUUGGACCCAAGAAAAGAUUAUCACAAUAUCACCAAUAGAUGGUUCUGCGAGCGAUAGUAAUAGUGGUCAUGCAAUUGCUGUCAAAGACAAACCUAGCGAAACUAUAUUAGAUCAAAAUGCAAAAGAAACUCAAUCUGAAAUUAAAAAUCUUGCUGUAAAGCUAAUAAAUGACUGGGAAGUUUUACCUGAAGUAUUUAGAAUUCCUCGGAAAGAAAGAGUUGAACAAAUGAAAGAACAUGAACGGGAAGCGGACAGACGAUAUGCCGCUUUAAAUGUUGCUGAAGACGAACGUGAUUUCAAAACAAGUCGAGAUAGAUACAAAAAAUCCCGAUGGGAUAGCAGUAUUAAGCAACGCUGGCCAAAUAAAGUAGAUAUUAAUAAAGAACGUCGCAAAAACGAUCAAGAGAAAUUAGACGAUGGACUAACAAAGGAACAACGGCGACAGGCAUUUGCAGCUAAAGUUGCGCAGGACGAAGCUGAAAAAUUAAAUGCAGAGAAACGUCGUAAUUUGGAGUAUGAAGCGAGGAGAGAAUUCGAGUUUAAGUGUAAAUUUUUUCUACUUGAUUGCACAAAAACGCAUCAUCGUGAUAUUCCUUUUUGUGUUGAUCAGAAAACUAAUACUUGGUACACUUUAGAUAAGCGAAAAAUUCCAACUCCUCCUAGUCAUAUACACAUCAAAAUUCCACCCAGAUUGAAAUCAACUAAUCCAUGUGAUUAUAAAAUGCCUAAAGUGGAUUUGCCACCUGGUUGGAAAUUUGCUAUUGAUCCACUUCACGGUCGAAUUUAUUAUUAUCAUGUAAAAAUACGGCGUCCACAAUGGGAACCACCGCCAAAAAUAUUCCCUUUGGUUAAUCCUGAUAAUACCACUAAUGCGACUAUAUCUGGAAGUAGCGUCACUAUUAAUACAAAUGAUAAUCACUAUUCAGGUUCUUCAAGCUCUGAUAGUGAAGGUUUUGAUGAAACGGAUGCUCUAUCAUUAUUGCGACAAGAAAGAGCAAUUAGCCCAAGAAAAGAAGAAGAUCGGGUUUAUAACCAAAAUGAAAUGCGGCGCUAUAAAGAAAAUAAAGAAAAAAUACGACGUCGAAAAGAAGAAAUUAAACGUCGUAAGGUUCGCCUUCUGUUAAAAACCGUUGACCAAGCUAGUGACGAUAUCAAUAUCAAUCAGUUAAAUGAAUCAGAUCCAUUACCUAUAGCCGAUUAUUUAAUUUCUUCUGAUGAAGAUGAUGAUACCAUAGUCGAAGAGCUAGAUUCAAAAUUAAUAGAAAAAAUUGUCAAAGGGGAAAGUAUUGUAGAUGAAUUAGAUGCUUUAAAAAUUAAGAAACCUUUAAAAAGACCGCUGCCGAUAAAAGAAAAGUCGAAUGGAAAUGGGGCCAGUAACUCUACUAGUAGUAAUAUUACUGCUGAAUUUAAGAAAAGAUCAAAAUUAGAAGAUAAAAAACAUAAAAAUUCCGAUGAAGUUAAAAAAUCCAAAACAUCUAAUAAAAACCAUCGAUAUUUUGCUAGAAAAGCUAAAGAAAAAUUUCGUUCGGAUAUAGCUGGUAUUAUUGUGCAACAUCUACAGCCUUACAGAAAAGAUAGCUGCCAAGUGGGUAAAAUAACAACCAAUGAAGAUUUCAAACACCUUGCUAGAAAGCUUACACAUUUUGUAAUGAUAAAAGAAUUGAAGCAUUGUGAUUCUACAGGACAAACUCUUAUUGUAACGGAUUCUGUUAAAAACAAAUCUCGAGAAUUCAUAAAAAAAUAUAUGGCUAAAUAUGGAGAAACAUACAUAAGACCGGAAACAGAUCCAGAAUAUAAAGAAAUUCCUUUGUAAGUUAAUUAUUCAUUACAUUAAAGAAUUACUUGUACAAAUAAUUAAAUAUUUUUCAUUAUUAAUAAUGUCUAUAAUGAAUUAUAUAAUAAGUUAAAAAAAUGUCAAAUUUAUCAAGAAGUUUGAAUAAUAUCAUUUAGUUAUAAAUUCUAUUUUAAAAAUUUAGUUCUUAGUUUAUUUCAUUGUCAUAAAAAUUUAAUGUAAAGUCGAACUUUAGAUUUUAUUGAAAAAAUCUAUUAUCGAAUUUUAGCAUACUUUUAAUAUUGUCGUUUUUUUAAUAUUUAAAUAAUUAAGGUAAAAUAACAAUUUAUUUAAUUUCGUUUUAUUAAGUGUACAAGCUUGAAAUCAGUUUUGAAAAGAUAAAUAGAAAUAAAAUAUGUAUAUGUAAAACGGCUGUGCUUUUUGCAUGAAUACAUACAUACAUACUUAAUAUAUAUCUAUCACAAGAAAUUUGUGAACUGUGUAUUUACAAUUUUAGUUACUUGUAAUAAAAAUUAACGGUGUAAGAAUCUAGAAAAUUGUUUCGUAUGUAAUCUUAAAAACAAAAAGCGAACCUAUUAAAAGUUGGUUAUACAUAUGUACUUUUUAUUUUUUUUUCUUAUAUUGAAUAAACGCAAAAAAUGUAUAUUGUUAGAGUUUAUUUUAAAUAAAAAUACGGAAAUUGAAACAGUA